GUCCGGCUGCUUCGGAAAAAUGCUCAAAAUCCCUCUGAGAAAUCUGCUCUUUGCGGGGCAGAAGCGUUUCCUCGCAACACCGGCGACGUUAUCUCCGCCACCACCACAACGACUACCAUCACCGUCAGUUGAGUGCCUCAUCGACCCAUGCGGCUUUUCCUUGGAAUCCGCACUUUCGAAAUCCCUGAAGCCCCACUCCAACUGGAAGAAUGUUGGGAAGCAUGCAUUGGUUAUAAAUUGUUUGAAAUCUCACGGAUUCGACGAUACCCAUAUCAUCAAAUUGGUCGAAAAGCGCCCCAAUGUCCUCCAAUGCGACGUGGAAGCCACGCUGAACCCCAAACUGAAAUUUCUCACUGAAAAUGGAUUGACGGGUAAGCAUUUAACAAAGCUCAUCGUCACUGAUCCACUAAUUCUUGCUAGAAGUUUGGAUUCUCGCAUAAAGCCAUCCUUCAAAGUUUUAAGGCAAUAUCUUGAAAGCAUUCCAGACAUGAUGAAGACUCUGAAUCGAGCUCCACGGUUGUUGAGCUCUAAUCUUGAGAGGGUCUUGCAGCCAAAUGUUGAAUUCUUGGUAGAUGAGGGAAUUUCUGCUGAUAGAGUAUCGAAACUGCUUGUAGCAAGACCGAGAGUUCUAUUGCAAAAGCGGGAAAUGAUAGCUUCCUUGUUUAAAGCUGUCAAAAAUAUGGGUGUUUCACCGAAAGAUUCAGUCUUUAUACGCGGUAUUCAAGUUUUGAGUCAUAUGAGUGAAGCAACUUGGAAGAAUAAAAUGGAGUUGUUUAAGAGUUUAGGAUGGAGUGAAGAGGAUUUGUUGAGAACUUUUAGGGAAGCUCCCUUUUGCUUUGCUUAUUCGGAGAAGAAGAUAAGGAGUCAAAUGGAUUUUUUGCUAAAUACUGUGAAUGCUGAACUAAAGACUGUAAUUGCUUUCCCAAAAAUUCUUACAUAUUCACUUGAUAAAAGGCUGCGGCCAAGGUAUGAGGUGCUCAAGGUUUUGCUGUCAAAGAAGCUGAUUAGAGAGGACAUUAAGAUUUUUUGGUUGCUGGACUUGAGUGAUAAGAAAUUCCUGGAUACAUACGUUACCAAGCAUCUGGACAAGGUGCCAGGUUUAUUGGGUAUGUACAAGGGCAAUGUUGAGCAAAGUAGAAGUUCUUCUGGCCCAGGAAAGCUGGACGCUUGAUGGGGAGAAUACCAUGCUUCACAACGUACAAUUGAUCCUCCGCUUUCCCCUUUCUGGUUUUGAGUGUGGGACCGAAUAGGACUUUCCCCUUCCUUCAGCUUAGAUGUGUCAUAGGUGACAUAUGACCUAUUCUUUCAUUGAUAAUUUGUCAUCAUUGUUGUAACCUUAUUGCUUCCUUUUUGUUUCUGGGUGCUGGUUUGGUGUCAGUUCUACUCUUUUGAUUCAGAGAGUAAAUGUUUUAGAAUCAACACUUCUUUUAGUC